UGAUUCCACCGAGUCGUUGCCUAGUUUUCUUGAUCAGUUGACCAUCUGAUCCUAGUCUUGAACUCAAGAUUCCAUAAAUCUGACGCUUGUGUUAUUACUGAUUAUUUUAUGUUGAUUUGCUUAAUAAAUGUAAAUGCAUUAUGUGAAUUUUCUAGGUCGUUGACUCACCUUAUGUUCUCUGUUUCAGCCCUCCCCAUUUACUCUUCAUGCUACCCUAGUACAUGAAGUACCUUCUGGCUAGACGACAACCGCUACAAUCUUAACCUUAUGGCUUUAUCGUUUGACGACAAACUUCUUGGCGAAAAGGUCCAUAAUUACUGUAGCAGCAGUGAAGGCGAAGAGGACAGUGGCGAGAGUGGGAAGGAAAGUAACCCUUCUACUGUUGUUCCGAAAAGUUUAAACCCCCAAAAUAUAUCCUAUCUUGGCUCUCCACAGACUGGACCAAAGGGUGUAGUUGCUGAUUAUAAACGUUUUAAAAGACUGGAAAGUGAACGAAACGCUGAGAAAGAACGAAAACUUGUCGAAUAUACCAAACAGCAUUCCUUUAGUUGCAGACCUUAUAGUAAAGAUGAAAAGGAAGAUGAACAUACCCAUUCGACCUUAAACGCUUCAGAUGAUAGCGACGAUGACUUUUUGUUUCAAUAUCGACAGAACAGAAUAAAUGAACUAAGAAAAGCCAACGAAAGUUUACCCACUUUCAACAAGAUCUACGAUCUGGUAGCGGAUACAUUUAUUGAGGAGAUAGAUAACACAAACAAGAACACGACUGUUAUUGUUUUUAUAUAUGAAAAUGGCAAUAAAUCAUGUGCAAAAGUCAACACUUGUCUCGAAAAAAUAUAUCACGGUUAUCCUCAUGUGAAGUUUUGUAGAAUCCGAGCUUCUGAGGCUCAUCUCAGUUACCGAUUCUCUCACCGUGGUGUUCCUGCUAUUGUGGUCUACAAAAAUGGAGAGCUGAUAGGGAAUCUACUUUCCAUUACUAAGGAUCUUGAUCUGGAGUUCUAUCCAAACGAUCUGGAGAAUUACUUAGUUGAUUUGAAGGAUUUGCUAGGGUAAGCUGUUGAAAUUCAUGUUCACUUUUAAUCACUUGGAAAAUAUGAGAACGAGUAAAAUGUAGUAAAGAUUCAUGGAUAUAAGAAUAUUUCUUCAAACACUGUUCGUCGUUCUAUAAUUUCAGUACUGUAACAUCCAUAUGUAUCUUUUCUCUUUAAUCCGAAACUUCUGUAGGUAUGGAUUUCUGCCUGAUAAAACAGUUGUUCAGUCUACUUCAGUGAUAAAUUCGUGUUCUCAUCUUUGUAAAAAAAAUUAAAUCCUUUAUUUUGUGUGCAUUGAAUAUAAAUUCAAAAGUAUUUUGACUCAAUUAUAUACAUCUUCCCUUCUAAGUACAUAAUUGUUCCUUUUAUGUGACCCUACGCAAUUAAUGUUUUUAUGUUACUUAAAAAUAUUAAACCUUGUAAUGAUUGUUAUAUCUUAAAAUCGGUAGUUUUCUUAAGAACUGUUUCUUUUUAACGUAUUAGAAUAUGUUGCUUAUGAGAGUAGAAAUAUUAAGAUGUGAGAGUUUUCAUUUUAUCUUUGAUUAAUUUCACUGAAUUAACGCUAUUAAGUUCACUUCUGUUUCACUAGUAUUGAUCAUCUUGAAUUUGGAGUUGGAUUCAUAUAUAUGACGCAUAAAAAGGAUAAUGAAACUCCAUUUAUGUAUAAAAACAACGAUAUUGUACCAGAUGCAUAAAGAUCCACGGGGAUCAAUCUUGAUAUAUCAAAAUAAUGUCAUGGCAUUAGUUUUUACAUCAUAUUGCAUUUUCAUUACAUUAAUCGUAUAUACUUAUUUCAUGUCAGCCACCUAAAAUGUUGAUUAGACCACUUACC